CAAGCACAGGCAAGUAACGCUCCUGUUGACGUAUAAAGCGGAACUGACCGGCACAUCGAUCAAUGACCAUCAAUGAUCCAAGACAGCUCGAUUACCCGAUCCAUAACGACUAUAAAGAAGCUGUUGGCUGCACAGACGGACCUUCGGACCCGCUGCUUCCUGUGACCCCUGACCUCGUCUGCUUUUGCCGGUGUUUCCCUUCAGCUGCUGGGAUGGAGCCUCACACAGACUUCACAUUCUGCUGCGGUGCCCUCACGGAGGUGCUGAAGUUUGGACCCCGUCAGCUCCUCCCGGAACACAAACUCGUCAUCCUCCUCAUCCCGGGAAACCCGGGGUUAGUGGGCUUUUACAAAACCUUCAUGCAGGAGCUUCACAGCCUGCUGGAGCACAAGUACCCGGUGUGGGCUGUGAGCCAUGCAGGCCACUGUGCUGCUCCUGACGGCAUGGACAUGGUGGAAGAUGGUCGCGCUGCAGCCGAAGAUGACGUGUUUGGUUUGAGCGGACAGAUUGAACACAAGCUGGCGUUCGUCAGGAAACACAUUCCUAAAGGAAGCAGUUUGGUUUUGGUGGGACACUCAAUCGGCUGCUACAUUAUCCUGGAGAUGAUGAGGAGGAACCCCGAGCUUAAAGUCCUCAAGGCUGUAAUGCUGUUCCCCACCAUUGAGAGAAUGGCCGAGUCCCCUCAGGGUAGAAGACUGACCCCACUGCUGUGUCAGAUGCGUUACCUGGCCUACCUGCCAGUCUUCCUGGUCUCUCUGCUGCCGGACAUCCUCAAAGCAGCUCUCAUCAAACUUGUAUUAAGCUGUAUUUCCUCUCUGGACCGCUGCAUACUACAGCCCACUGUGCAGCUGCUCAGUGGAGACUGUGCAGCCAAUUCUAUGUACCUCGGGGGCCAGGAAAUGAGGAUGGUUUUAGGAAGAGAUAACAUAACGAUCAAGAAAAAUCUUGACAAGCUCAUCUUCUAUUAUGGAGCUACAGACCACUGGUGUCCUGUGAAGUAUUUCUAUGACAUCAAACGGGACAUCCCAGAUGGAGAUUUCAGACUGUGUAAAAAGGGUUUCCGACAUGCCUUUGUCCUGGAUGUGGGCCGAGAAGUGGCAGAAAUGGUGGCUGAAUGGAUCUAUGGCGCUUUAAGGACUUGACUGUGCUGUUUUCUUACCUUGUGAGGAUCAUGUGUUGUUUAAUUAUUGACCCCUCAAAGGUUCUGCAGGAUUUUUUUACCAUUUAAUAGGCAUGUAACGAUUAAUUUUAACAAUGAUUCAAUUAGAUUCGAUGCCAAUUCAACUCACUUUGGAUUUUGGUCCAUUUUGAGCGCUGACCUAAGAUCGAUCCAGGACAUCUUUAUCCAGAACUUCAACCAGUGUGACUCAGAGAUAAAUACCUGGUACUGAACAGAGCAGGUGAAGUUUUCAGAU